AUGCGAUAUUGGCAGUUGGCCAGCACAAUAAUUUAUACCACUCUUCUUGCCUCUAGGCCUGCCCAGGCAGCCGCCCCUACUGUAGACGGCAAAUUUUGCGGGAAAGCCUGUCGACAGACAUUCCGAACACUACGAUUUGCAGAUGCCCCCUAUGGUGCAUUUUUUGCAGUGCAGGAGUGUAGCAGUCGUCUAUACCAGCAAUCAGUCUAUCUCUGUUGGGACAUCCACUGCACUAAAGAUGUCUGGCUUGCAGAGUCUCAGAGCAUGAACGAGACAUGCCUAGACAUGAGUGGCUCACCUUUUCCGCCACACGACAUUGUAGAAGACCUGGAUGACGAAAGAAUUGCUCGAAUUGCUAGGUUUAAUGCAACAAGUCCGGAACGUGCUCACCGCCUUGAAGAACUCAUGUUGCCAUCACAGGCCUACUACGACCUUUGGGGCCGGACGCUAGACGCACACGAUUAUGUCUGGUACUAUCACCAUUACUACGGCUGGGCGAUGGGUGCUUUCUGGGCGGUGGUAGUGGCAAUGGGGAUCACCAACCGAGCACUCAUGCAACGGGAGAACUGUUCAGCGCCGCCAUUUAUCACACAAAGUCAAAAGCUGUUCUGGAUCAAGCGCAACAUUUUUACGCGGGCGACGUUUGGUAGGCGCUGCGUGCAGGACUUCGGAGGAUGGGGUACUUUGCCUCCACGUGUGCAGACGUUGGCUUUGACUUUGUUCAUGCUCAUCAACGUACUUUGUACCGUAAAAGGGUACCGAAUAUUCGAGGGUUAUGGAUACUACCCUUCUCGAAAGAUGCAAAUCCUCCGGCAUGUUUCCGACCGAACAGGCAUUCUCUCUUUUGCCAACUUUCCCCUGAUUUGGUUGUUUGGAAUGAGAAACAACCUUGUUAUUUGGCUUACAGGGUGGGAUUUUAAAACAUACAACAACUUUCAUCGUUGGAUAGGUCGAGUGACGGCUCUACAAGCCAUCAUUCAUUCGAUAGGAUACACGAUUCUCAUACUAGAGAGAGGUGGUUGGGACUACUUCUGGCGGAUGUGCAAUUUGACCUAUUGGUGGACUGGUGAGCUUGCCACUAUCUUUCUGUGCUUGCUUGUUGCUCUAUCGGCGUUUUGGUUCCGGCGCAGGCAAUACGAGUGCUUCCUCAUAGUUCACAUACUGCUUUCGAUCUUGAUCCUUGUGACAAUGCUGGGGCAUGUCUCAAUAUUUAGAGGUGAUUACGAUGCCUUGGUAUUUGUUCCGGCCGUCAUAUGGCUGUUAGACCGCGUGCUUCGAGGAGCUCGGAUUAUGGCGUUCAGUCCGCGGUUCUGGAAUGCAUGGGCCCGAAUUACCUACAACGAGGACGCCCAUAUGGUGCGCGUGGUCGUUCCAGUGUCAUCGAGUCUUUACGCUAUCGAACCGGGGACGUUUUACUACCUCAUGGUACUCAACAAGUGGAACUUCUGGGAGAGCCAUCCAUUCACAGUGGCAUCGGUGUUAAGGUCUACUCAACGUAACAUGCAGGGUUUGACAGAAAACUCAUCUCUGUUGGGCAAUGGCUCAAUGUCUUUCCUGGAGACGAGAGAUGACGCAGAAACAUUGGGACAAGAGAUGACCUUUUUGAUUCGGCCGUAUGACAGCUUUACUUCGCGGUUACGAGAGUACGCCGAGAGCCAGCAGCCAAAGCCGGCCACAGUACGUGUGGCUAUCGAGGGACCUUAUGGAAAGGCUCUGCCAUUGGAACAGUUCGACAAAGUGCUUUUUGUCGUUGGGGGCAGUGGAAUCGCAGUCCCACUUUCAUAUCUGGAAAAGCUUACAACGUCUUCCACACGGCCAAGACUCAUUGAAAUUCACUGGGCAGUACGACAGCUUGCUCUCGCAUUUGACGUACUCAAACAUGAGUUGAGUGGCGCACUUCACACUGGGCAAGUGAAGACUCAUGUCUACGUAACGGGAGUCGAUAAUAUGAGCACAGACGAGGAAGCAAUACAUCGUCUUGUCGAGUGGAGGACAAAGAGGUUAAACGUUGAGGAAGUUAUCAAAGCCGCCUUGAUUACCGGAGAGAAAGGCAGUCUCGCGGUAGUCGCAAGCGGGCCGGGCGUGAUGGCCGAUGAAUGUAGAUCCGCAGUUGCAGCUAGGAUGAUACCUUCCCUGCCCCGUAUAGAAUACUUUGAGGAGAGUUUUCAAUGGUAA